GUUCUCGUUUACGUCAGCGCAUUAUUAACCCUAUUUUUCCGGUUUUCCGAGCAUUUUAAAGUUUGUCGAGCUGGCUAUGUGCGCAUGAGCGGGGUGAAUGCGUGACGUAACGUCCGCUAGCCGGGAAAGCGACAACAGAACUAGAAAGCAGGGAGAUUGCUUCUAGGCCCUGGGCCUCAUACCCCAAAACAACGUGCUGACGUAUCCCGAUUGGGUGAACUCCGAGCUAAAGCGCUCCAGAUUAUGAACCAGUUUGGCGCAUCUGCAUUGAUCAACCUGUCCAGUUUCUCUUCCUCUACCACUCCCAGUCCUACCUCUGUCGCCGUCAAACAGGAACCAGCCAUGGCAAACAGUACUCCAGUGGGUAAAGUUCCAGUGCCAACAGCUGGAGGAGGGCGUGCAAGUCCAGAAGCAAACCAAGUUCUUUCUAAGAAGAAACUUCAUGAUCUGGUUAGAGAAGUCGAUCCCAAUGAACAGCUGGAUGAAGAUGUGGAGGAGAUGCUUCUACAGAUAGCAGAUGAUUUCAUUGAGAGUGUGGUAUCUGCAGCCUGCCAGCUUGCCCGACACCGCAAAUCUAACACAUUAGAAGUUAAGGAUGUACAGCUUCAUCUUGAGAGACAGUGGAACAUGUGGAUUCCAGGGUUUGGUUCAGAAGAAAUCCGGCCCUAUAAAAAAGCUUGUACUACUGAAGCACACAAACAGAGAAUGGCUUUAAUUAAGAAAACUCAAAAGAAAUAAAAUCCAUUUGUGACUUUGGACUUCUGCAAUCCCUUUGCAUUCUGAUCUUGACACCUUCAAGCUGCCACAGAUGAGUGCAGAGGCAACCUCUUCAGAGAAGAGCCUACUUUUAGGGGAGAGAAAUUUUGCAACCCUCUCACUGAGAAAGGGUUAAAUGAUCCCCUGACUACCUUUUGUAUAUACAUAGGAUUGUUUGUGUAAUUAAACAUGGCUGACAUAA